AUGCUAGGAAGAACUUGUGAGGAAAUCUUACAAGGAGAAGAACAAGAGGAAACGUCACCCCUGUCACUGGUUUUACAGUACAAUUGCCCAUUCUCAAAGGAACCAUCUUGCUAUGUCUUUGUCCAGUGGAAGUUUAUUACGCUCAGCUCAACUAGACAACCUUUCAGAUGCGCAGGGGUUAAAAAAAAGAAGAACUACGCCGAAACCCCUUCUAGGUACCGACCUUCUGUACUUGUGAAGACUCUUCGUGGUUUUCAGUUUAAUGAUGGAGACUAUGUCUAUAAAGGUGAUAUCUUAGUUCGGCAGCUUGGUAUGGAAAUAUACCCGGGUGAAUCUGUCAAAUUAGACCCGGAAACAUGGAACUUAGUAGCACUAAGUAAUGGACGUUUUACCAUUAGUACAGAGAAGCUUUCACCGUUUCCUGACAGCCCUUUAUAUGAUAAAGUGAAGGAUGGCGAAGUAAUUUAUAAACCAUUUGUUCAUGUAAUUGGUGAUCCAAUCGAACCACUAUAUAAACUCAAGCGCAUUUUGUAA